CGACUGUUUAACGUCUGUGCCUUGAAACCAGCGGUUCUGUCCGUAGUUCUUUCCCGGGCUGGGAACUGAAGAGGACCGGCCGGGUCGACUCGCGUCCGGAGCUCAGAGCCCCCAUCACGGGGUCCUCUCAAAGCGCUGCCCCGCCGAGCCACCGUAGGAGCAGUCAGCCGGCUGGCGCGCGCAUGUCUUCUUCACCCGAGAAGGCGUUAGGGCGGGAGCUACUCGCCUCACGUGACCACCAAGAGUCUCCUGAUUGGCUUUACUCCUCUGUCCUCGCCACUGAGUGGAGCGCGGAGAUGAUUGGGCGCAUGCGCAGUGCGCGGAUUUCCUUAGCCACCCGAGUGGAGCGGUGGGGUUGGGCGAUAAACAGGCUGUGGCUAGGAAGGAGGGGGCGGGGGCGUUCGCUGCUCCGGGACCUCUCAUGCUUCGUUUUUCUUUUAGGUGUGGUUUAGUCCGGACGUGGGGUCUCGGCAGCCAGCUUGAGGCUACUCCCUUGUGAAAGGCGAAAGCAGCUCCUGCGGAAGGCGGUUGAAGUUACGUAGGGGGCACGAGACAGGAGUUCUCCCCCCAUGCUAGGCGAAUGGUGCGGCCCUGAGCUGGUCCAGGAGUUGGCUGGACGAGUCUGAGAGGCCCCAGAGGGGGCGGGAAAGUGGCCUUCAGAACGUGGGUUUUGUGAAGAGACGUGGGGAAGAUUCGAUUCCGAGAAGAGGAAGAGCCCGAUUCACAGGGAGCGAGGACGCUGACGGGGAGGGGGCUGCCAAGAUGGCGUCGGCCUCUUCUGGGCCGUCGGCGGUCGGGUGUUCAGCCUUGGAUUCCGGGAUCCCUUCCAGCACCUCGAUCUCAGGUUUCAACUUUCUGUGCUGUGGGGUCAACCGUAAGAGAGCAGCAGCAACUGGAAUUAAGAAACCUAUGGCGUCUGAGGUGCCUUAUGCAUCUGGCAUGACCAUCAAGAAAAUAGGCCACCGAAGUGUUGAUUCCUCAGGAGAGACCACAUAUAAAAAGACAACCUCAUCAGCUUUGAAAGGUGCCAUCCAGUUAGGCAUUACUCACACUGUGGGGAGCCUGAGUACCAAACCAGAACGAGACGUCCUCAUGCAAGACUUCUAUGUGGUGGAGAGUAUCUUCUUCCCCAGUGAAGGGAGCAACCUGACUCCUGCUCAUCACUACAAUGACUUCCGUUUUAAGACCUAUGCACCUGUUGCCUUCCGCUACUUCCGAGAGCUAUUUGGCAUCCGGCCUGAUGAUUACUUGUACUCCCUCUGCAGUGAGCCACUGAUCGAACUCUGCAACUCCGGAGCAAGUGGUUCCCUUUUUUAUGUGUCAAGCGAUGACGAGUUUAUCAUCAAGACGGUCCAGCAUAAAGAGGCAGAGUUUUUGCAGAAGCUGCUUCCAGGAUACUACAUGAACCUCAACCAGAAUCCUCGCACUUUGCUGCCUAAAUUCUAUGGACUGUACUGUGUGCAGGCAGGAGGCAAGAAUAUUCGAAUUGUGGUGAUGAACAAUCUCUUACCACGAUCAGUCAAGAUGCAUAUCAAAUAUGACCUCAAGGGCUCAACCUACAAACGACGGGCUUCCCAAAAAGAGCGAGAGAAGCCUCUCCCCACAUUUAAAGACCUGGACUUCUUGCAAGACAUCCCUGAUGGUCUUUUUUUGGAUGCUGACAUGUACAAUGCUCUGUGUAAGACCCUGCAGCGUGACUGUUUGGUUCUCCAGAGCUUCAAGAUAAUGGACUACAGCCUCUUGAUGUCAAUCCACAAUAUAGACCACGCACAACGGGAGCCCUUAAGCAGUGAAACACAGUACUCAGUUGACUCUCGCAGACCAGCACCCCAAAAGGCUCUGUACUCCACAGCCAUGGAAUCCAUCCAGGGCGAGGCUCGACGGGGUGGCACUAUGGAGACUGAUGACCAUAUGGGUGGCAUCCCUGCCCGGAAUAAUAAAGGAGAAAGGCUCCUGCUGUAUGUUGGCAUCAUUGAUAUUCUGCAGUCAUACAGGUUUGUUAAGAAGUUGGAGCACUCUUGGAAAGCAUUGGUACAUGACGGAGACACCGUAUCGGUGCAUCGUCCAAGCUUCUAUGCUGAACGGUUCCAGCGCUUCAUGUGCAAUACAGUGUUCAAGAAGAUCCCCUUGAAGCCCUCUCCUUCCAAAAAGUUUCGGUCUGGCUCAUCCUUCUCUCGGCGAGCAGGCCCCAGCAGCAGCUCCUGCGUUACUUACCAGUCAUCCGUCUCUGGGGAACACAAGGCACAAGUGACAACAAAGGCAGAAGUGGAGCCAGAUGCCCACCUUGGUCGUCCUGAUGUUUUACCUCAGACUCCACCUUUGGAGGAAAUCUGUGAGGGCUCACCUGUUCCUGACCCUAGUUUCUCACCUGUAGCUGGAGAAACUUCACAAGUGCUAAAUACAAGUUUGACCUUGGAGAAGCUUGAAGUUGUGGAGUCGGAGUUAACCUCUGUGAGUGUCUGUGAGCACUAAAAACUCAGAAGACCUGACACAAGGUUUACCAUCCCGUGAUCUCAAGAUGUCAGCCCUUGCCCCAGGAAUGCUGAGUUUUCUUCUUAGCCAUCAAAAAAGGAGUGUAAUAUGGAGGAUGGGGAGCUGUCUCCUUUCUGAAGAAGAACCUCCUCUCCCUCCCCUUCUCAUGAAUGGGCCUUGGAGCCUUGGACAAUUGAGGACAGCAGCAUCCUUUCUACUCCAGAGUGGCAUGACUUCUCGACUGACCAGUGUCAACGUCUACAAUUGACUUGCUUUCAUACCCCCACUCUUUGUGCUGGAAGUGGGGUUGCUGGACUUGGUUUUCUUCUUCCUCAUCUACCUUUCACCAGGAGCUGGACUCUUAACUUGCUCAGGACACACUGGCUGGCACAUUAUCCCCACCUUAGCUGCUUCCUUCUAGUCCCUGGAAGAAGAUCCCUGUGAUCUUUGUAAAGGUGUUCAGAGAAAUAGGAGUGUUUAACCACCUCCCCAACUUUCUAGGAAAAGAACGAACAGCACACCGGACACGGUUUCAAGCCAGUUUCAGGUCAGAACUCCAGAAGAGCCCUGGUGUUUGUGGAGCAGAAGUGUGGUGAAUGCCCUGCCUGGAGCAGCUCCUCUCGCAUCCUCUCGAUGAAUUUCUUAAGGCUGAAGGAAUGAAAGAGCGGGCGUGGUGUUCAAAUCUUCACCCCUUUUAUGACAACGGUGGGGCAACCAUGGGACUUAGGAUCCCUUCCAGGCAGGGCCCUACUCACUGCCAGGCCGUUGGUGAUUACGAUUUUUCAAUUUCUAAUGCAUUCUGGUGGUUUUUCUAAAUAUGAAGACUUUAUCAAAUGAAUUUUAGAUCAUUCUCCAAAGGAGAUUUCAUCUUUGUUUUUCCCAUCUUUUUCAGUAAUGUUCUGCCGUAGGUGGAGAUGGGGACAUCUGUGUCUGUUUAACAGGGAGUUUUUGAGGCUCAAGAAUAUUCUCUUAAACUCGUGGACAGCCAGCAGAUUCUUGCUUCGGUGAGAUCCCUGCUGUGCUGCAUACCCUGCUACCCUGCCCCCUCUCUCACGCGGGGAACUUGGGAAUGGGGGGCUGUAUAAGCUGUCUGCCCAUCCCUAGGAGUUGUGGUUCUCCCUCUGACACUUCCACUCUUGUAAGGGCAAGAAAGGGGCCUGGUGUCUCAGGCAGACUGAAUUUUCAUUCUCUCCCACCCUACCAUGAUAGUAGGUUAGCUUAUACCCAAGUAACUGUCUAUAUUAGACACCCCCAGCCAGUUUCUGGCUGCCUGUCUUUGCUGCCAUGUUCUUUUUUACAAGAAGGAAAGAAACAGUUCUUGCUAUUUUUUUUUUCAUAAUAACUAUUUAUGAUGUAUUUAAGUGUUUUAUUCAGGACAGAGUUCUGUAAGGGGUGGGAGGGAAUAUUUGAGGGAGGGUCUGGGUCUUGAGGAGAGGAAUGGGAAUCAACAUUUUUAUGAAGUGUCACUAUUUGCCUCUACUUUGUAUUGUUCAGAAAUGGCAAAUGCAAUAUAAAAGUAAUAAAUAUCUGGUUUUAAUGA